CAUUUUUGAUAAAUAAAAUUUUUAAAUGCUCAUUUUUUUGUGGAAAAAUUAUUUAAUAAUAACUGUGUGAGGUUGUUUGUAUUUUUAAUAAUUAUCGGCUAAAAUAUCAUUUUUUAAAAAUAAAACCUUUGAAAAAUAAAUUUUCAUCUGAAUAAAAUAUUAUUUUUUUUUUUUAAUGCCCGUCACAUUUUAUUAACUUUAAAAAUAUCAAGAACGAGUGUCAUACAUAAAGAAUUUAUCCGGCUGGCUAUUGGACAUGGUGAAGGGGUAUGUUGGUUAUUCGGCGUUUGCUGAUCGCGGCUGUACUCACAGCUUCGAUUGGUCAUUAUCCAGCAGCCGCAACAACCGGGAACAAGAUUGGCGGUAUGUGGUGGUGGUGGCGACCACCGUGGUUUAUUAGUUACCUUGGAUUUGCUUUGAUUUUCCAUUCAACACCUGGGGUUGCUAGUUAUCACAUUGCCGUUACCACCAGCAGUAGCUCAUCCCAUAAAGCAGACAUCGCCACCGCGGGAUGCCGUUUGUCGGAAUUUAGAUGUGAUAAUAGUCACUGCAUUGCCCAGGACAAGUUUUGCGACGGCGAGGACGACUGCUCUGACAAAUCCGACGAACCCAAAUACUGUUCCCCUUGCAAUAGAACUCUUUACGGCGAUGUGGGACGAACUUACGAAGUGGAAGUUCGACGUCCUCGAGAGGAUCGAUUACCUUUCAUUUGUCACAUCAAUUUUACGGCUGCCGGUGGCGAUUUUGGUGACCUAGUUCAGCUGACAUUUGAUACAUUUACCGUCGGACGUUUCCUAUCAUUUACGAAUCAAGGAUGCCCCGAUGGUUUCAUGAUGAUUCGCGAAGAAGGAAGACCAGCAACAGGCGGACAAUGGUGUGGGAGUGCAUGGGGUUACACCGUUUAUUAUAGCGAAACAGCUUCCAUCAAUCUAACGCUCUAUCUCGGCCGAUUAUCUGAACAGGGAAUUGGAUACAAUUUCGACUUCAAAUUGUCGUAUAAAUUUCUUAAAAGAAGCGAAGCGCACCUGCGAUAUGGAAAUAACACGAUGUCUACGUGGCGAGGUGAUUUGGUAAAUGGAACUUACUGCGACAGAGUUUUAACACGUUGCGAUACCCGUGCAUGUCGACUGCAGUCGCCAAAUUAUCCAGGUGUUUAUCCACGCAACGUCACUUGCUACUAUAGAAUCGAACAUAAGCGUGCGCCGCCUGGACACAGGGCUCUGCUCGCUGUUAAUCAACGAAACAGCCAUAAAAUCCACAUAAAAGACCAGGUCGUUAAGUACGACAGGAGCCAGCGUAUACUGAGGGUUUGGGAUCAGUGUAAUGUUGUCCAGGAUUAUCUUACUGUUUAUGACGGCGGCUCAACGACAGACAGAGUACUAGUUCGUCUUUGUGGCGGUGACACAGUACCAGAUAUUGUCAGUAGUCGCAACACAAUGCUUCUUGAAUUUCAUACAUCACCCUAUGACAAUCCCUUUCAUCCAGUUCCCUUAUCCUUUCUACCGGGUUUUGAACUCGAGGUUCACGUUCUAUUUGUCGACGAUAAAUCUCGCAGCUUUGUUAAAGAAAACUCGAAUUGUGAUUUUUAUAUAACGAGUUAUGAGAAUCCAUUGGGAACACUUGAGAAUCCAAAACAUUCCCUACCGCCCAAUACAACCUGUCGCUAUCAUUUUCAUGGUAAGCCCAAUGAAAUAGUAUGGAUAUCUUUUAUCAAGUACUAUUCUGCGAGCACCGAUCCCCCGCCCGCCGCAAGCAUCGAUUCACUCAAUAAUGACGACGAUACCAAUAAUAAUAACAACGACGAGUGUCACGCCAAGCUCAUUAUGUGGGACGGAGACCAGACCAAGCAGGAUAAGCAGCAGUCUUAUAAAAAGAAAAUACGGUUGAUGGGACAAUUUUGCAAGGACGAGAUACCAGUAUUAUGUGACCACAGUCUUUUAAGAAAUAGUAGUCGUCAUACCCGUCCUUGUAGUCUUGCCGAGAGUUAUGUUUCAACCGGGAGAGAUUUAACUCUAGAGCAUAUUCUACGUCAGGGCAGUGCUCUUUAUCCAAUAAGCUUCGUCUUACGCUAUGAAUUCGUCCACAAUUCAAUGUCUUGCCAUUUGGUUUUUACUUCCUCCUCUACAUCUACAUCUUCGUCUUCUUCUUCCGCCGGUGGAUCCACCCGACAUGAUGAAUCGGUGGUUAAGAAAUCAACCGGAAUAUCGGGUAAAUUUUCAUCUCCAAAGAGCGUCUUUCUUUACGGUCGCGGAGGAGCACAAAAUCUUAGCUGCGUAUAUCGAUUUGAGGCGGAGCUAGAUCAGAAAGUCGAGAUAUCUAUUUCAAGAGCUUCCUUUGGCGAUAAAGUAUGCAUGUCGUACGUGGAUCCUCUGGUGAAUAGAUGGACAUGCGAUCGGCGUACAUCAGAGGUUAAAUUAAGUGGAUACGCUGAGCUUGUUGUCUCGGAAUAUCCUUGGCCUGGUGUACAGCUUGUUCGUGAUUGUUUCUGUUCAAAUAUUACCGGCAACACUGACAAUGACAGUGCCAACAAUAACAACAGAGUCUCACUUACCUCGCUAACGUCAAAUAUUGUUGAGCUCAGGUUUACAAUAACACGUAUGAAUGUUACUCAAGAUUACAAUGAUUUUUUUUUCGAAGGAGAAUAUCGUUUUGUUUCAAACAAUGUCCCAGUUGAGGACAAUGAUGACAGUGAUGAUAGCAGCAGAAACCACGACAACGACCACGACGACGACAUCAUCAACAACGGCAACAACAACAACAAUGACAAUGUGGAACAGAAGCUACAGAAAAGACAGCAACAGCAAUCACGUCGUCGAUGCCCAUCGCGAUUAGAGGACCGAAGACUUCGUGGUACUAGUGGAGAAAUAUCACUGAAAAGUCCUCUAUUGUCUGUCAGAAAUUACGACGGAAGCGAUUCUGGCGACGGUACUGCUGAUGUUGCGGCAGUUGAAGAAAUUCUCAAAAACACCGAAGAUCUUACGGCGACGGCUACUGCAACCCAGCAGUGUAUUAAUGAGCCCUGGUUAAUUGAGCCAGAAGAUCCGCGGAUUAAUUAUAUAUAUUUACGUACUACGGGUUUUGCAAUAAAUGCUGAUAAUAUUGCUGAUUGUACUACGCUCAAUAGGAUAAUUGUUUACUCAGCAAUAAACUCCAAAGAGAGAAGUGUUAUUUGUCCAGAAACAACCAGGAGUAAUCGCGAUGGCAAUAAUAAUAAUAGUGAUAAUGAUAAAGUUCAUUCUAAAACUGUCGAGUUUUUUAGCGGCGGAUGGAAUCGUACGUCCUCGACAAUUACCGCUGACGGAAUCUCCACAUUUGUUCCUACCUCGGCACUAGCCCAGCAACACGCGAGAAGUUUUGUCGUUGAAUUUAUCCAGAAAGAACCGGGCACUUAUUCCGUAAUGUGGAUUGCCAUUUCAAAGAGUGCUCGGGCUGCCACGGAGACUCAUUAUUUCAGUCCCGAUGGUGACAACAAUGCUGCCAAUAUUUACUCGGUGGUCCCUCCGAUUGAAGACUGUCCGUACAGAUGCCCGGAGAUAAAGGCCUGCAUAAGUUCGGUCUUAUGGUGCGACGGAAUAAAACACUGCCCGUCAGGUUUCGACGAGGAAGAGAUAAAUUGUUCAUACAGAUUCGGGGUUACUCUGCUCUACGUCGCCGUGGGGGCAGGAAUACUGGGAGUAUUUCUUGUCAUUCUUCUGGCAACCGGUUGCCUCAAAUACUGCGUAUACCGGCACAAAAUGAGGACAAAGAAGAAGAAGAAAAAGAAGAAAAACAGUUUGAAUUCGCUAAAUGUCAACAACAUCCACGUUAAUCACAUGCAUCACCAUCAUAAUAACGGAUUAACGAGUAGCAGUCAAUUGCAAAGCGGCGGCGGCGGUACCGGAGGCCAAUACAAUAUCACUAGUCAUCCACAGGAUUUAUACAGCAAUGAUAAUUACGGUAAAGAUAGCAUCUGUUGACAAUACGCCAUAGCUAAUGUCGAAACAACCGUAUAAAUUAUUAUUAUUAUUAAUUAUCAUCAAUAACUCAUCAUAUUAUUCCAUGAUAGUUCUAAACACAAAGCAAUGAUCAUUCAAUUAUUUAUUUUAAAUUUUAAAUCUGUCGAUAGGCGAUAGCGCAUUAUUAUUAUUAACUAUAUAAAUAUAAAUAUAUAUAUAUAAUAUACAUAAAAGUGGAAUAGAAAAAAUUUUAUUGAAUAAUAGUUAUUUUUUCUUAUCGAGAUAAUUAAAUAAAUAUAAUAAUAUUUGCAAUACAUAAGCCGGCUAUUGAGUGGAAUAUAUCGAGGCAACUAAUUGCGACACCAGCGCAUUUGGUUCGUUAACGUACAUACCAAUUUAUUAAGCUUUUGUACAUUAUACAUAUAAAUUCUUAAAUCCGUAUGACGGAAAAAAGAAUUUAAAAAAAAAACUAAAUAAAAUAUGUGCCAAAAUAAUAUUUUACAGAUUGUCGUCACGAGCCUUUCGGGCAUAACGACUGCAGAAUAAUAUAUUGUAUACCGUACUAACUUGAUUUAUUAAAUAUUCGCGUGUAAGAUUAAUGUUUUAAUGAAAAUAGAUUGUCAUUAUAUCAAUGGAUUAUAAGAAGAAACAAAUGGAGGUUAAAUAUAAAUAAUAUAAAAGCUGAAUAAAAUUUUAAUAAACAAGUAAUAUUAUAUUAAUACGAUUAAUAUAUAAGAUUUAGAUGCUAUAUUUGGUUGUGAGUGAACUAGUUUAAGUCUGUGAGUGUAGAAGAAUUAAUAAGAGUUAAAGAAAAAAAUUUAAAUGGUAUCACGCUCAACUGUAAAUUAUUAUUACGAAUAAUUAUUUGAUAUAUAACCAACGGAGGGUUAAUUAAGAAUAGCGAUUUAUUAA